UUUCAUCAUCACGGUAAGAAACUCAAACGCUCUUUGGACGUGAAUUGUUAUUGUAUUAUGACAUAAAUAUUAGCAUCUUCUUCAUGAUCAAAAAGCCAUUAGGAAAAUGAAUUCCAAGAGAAAGAGCCCGAGAUACAAAGACCAAGACUUACUGAGUUAACAGUGUGGAUUCCAUCGGGAUCAGUGUGCGAUCAUGAUGCAUGCACAAGCAACUUGAACCGGCUUAGCAGUUUGGGUUUGUGGUUGCAUUUUGUCACUUGUUUAGUCUUCAGGUUAAACUAAACAAGACUUUCCUUUCCGAUAUGACUUUGCCUGCCUUGUAUGAGCUCAAUCCUUGCAACUUUAGAUGCUUCUGAUCAAGUUUUGUAAUUCUGACUAUUCACAUCAUCCCUCAUCAUACAAAAUACUCUUAUAAACAAAGUUUGUUUAUACCAGUGCUUCGUGUACCUUUCCUCAUACUAUAAUAAAGAUGGGAGCCCUCUGGAGGACUGAAGAUUAUAUACCAAGGUUUCAAUAGUGGCUCAGUCACUAGUCCUGUCAUGAUGAUGAUGAUGAAAAUAACACCUUUGCAAUUAUAAUACUCUUACUGCAUAUAUAAGUAUAUGGUUGGACCAACUUUAGAAAAACUGUAUCCAAUGUUGAAUGGUCAAGCCCAUCAGUAGCAAUGUGUGCUUUCUGCAUCUUCAUACACAUCCAGUGUAGCCAAUGGAUCCUGGUUUUACUUUAAUGGUCUUGCUUUCAUCAGUCUGGUUGAAGUAAACAACACUACAACUCUGCUCUUUUAUACCUGUUUAUAGCAGAUCUAUUGGGACACAAAAUACAACAUGGAGGGUGCAUGGACUGUCUUCUGCAGUAACUCUGAGAGUUCACAUGGAGUUGGAAAAACAUGCAGUCCUGGUUUUUCGGCUAUACUCAAUCCAUGUACAUGUAUCAAUCAUGCUUUGACAAUUUCUGUUGAUAUCCUGCUUCUGUUAAUUUUCUUAUUGAUACUCAUUUAUAGAUUGUCUAUGAGGAAGGUUACCGCAGCCUCCCAGUCUGAACACGUCUCUUCAUUGCAAAUUCUCUCAGCAGUCUUUAAUGGCAUUUUAGCCAUUGCCUACUUGGUUUUGGGGAUAUGGAUAAUGAAAACAAAGCUAAAAACAGACCAGACAAUACUACCUUUGCAUGAAUGGCUAGUAGUGUUAUUUCAAGGACUGACAUGGUUGCUUUUAGGGUCAUUUGUGAGCCUGAAGAAGCAAAAACUUCCAUGUAUAUCAGCAGUGAAAUCUUGUUCAAUUCUUGGCCUUUUGUAUGCAGGGUUUCUCUGUAUAUCAGCUUUUCGAGAAUCUAUCGUUGAUAGAACAGUUUCAGCUAAGAUAAUUUUGGAUAUUUUAUCUUUUCCUGGAUCAAUUUUACUGUUCCUUUGUGCCUUUGAAGGGGACAAGUGUAAGGUCGCUGAUCUAGAUGAUACGAUUGAUGAUUGCUAUGCACCUUUGCGAGGUGGAGAUCCUGAAGUAACUGAUGGAAUUAGCAUCAUUCAUAAUGUUACGAACUUUGGCAGAGCAGGAUUUUGCAGUACGAUGACCUUUUGGUGGUUGAAUCCAUUACUGAAGCAGGGUAAGGAAAAAAUUCUUGAGGAUCAAGAUAUCCCUCUGUUGCUAGAGGAACAUCGAGCACAAAUGUGCUACUCAAGGUAUAUGGAGCAGCUGAGUAAACAGAAAAAGGAAGGACCAAGUGAUCUGUCCUUGAGAUUGUCACUGAUUUUCUAUUCUCACUGGAAAGCUAUUUUAGUUUCUGGGUUCUUCGCAUUGAUAAAGGUUCUCACAUUGUCCAUGGGCCCAUUGUUCCUUAGAGCCUUUAUUGAGGUUGCAGAAGGAAAAGAAGCCUUCAAGCAUGAGGGUUUUGCACUGGCUGUCGGCCUUUUCUUAACGAAAUGCUUGGAAUCAUUUUCUGAGAGGCAAUGGUUCUUUCGGACAAAGUUGGUAGGACUUCAGGUAAGGUCUUUGCUAUCAGCAGCAAUAUAUCAGAAGCAACUUCGACUAUCAAAUGCUGCUAAAACGACUCAUUCUUCAGGUGAGAUAGUAAAUUAUGUCAAUGUGGAUGCCUACAGAAUAGGUGAGUUUCCAUCUUGGUUACAUCAGAUAUGGUCAACAAGCCUUCAGUUAUGUCUUGCAGUGUGCAUUGUCUACUACACUGUGGGACUUGCAACUGUUGCAGCUUUAAUUGCCAUUAUGUUGACAGUUCUUGCAAGUUCUCCGUUGGCUAAAUUACUACUUAAAUAUCAGAAAAAACUAAUGUUGGCACAAGAUAAGAGGCUAAAGGCCAUCACAGAGGCACUUGCAAAUAUGAAGGUUUUGAAGCUGUAUGCUUGGGAGACACAUUUCAAGAACGUUAUAGAAGGAUUAAGGAAAGAAGAGUUGAAGUGGAUUUCAGGAAUUCUGACACAAAGAGGGUUCCAGGUAGUUCUGUUUUGGUCAUCUCCAGUUAUUGUACCAGCUGUUACUUUCUGGACAUGCUACUUUCUCAGGAUUCAACUCAAUGCUGGAACUGUUUUCACAUUUUUAGCAAGUUUGAAUAUUCUUCAAGAGCCAAUAAGGGUGAUUCCUGAUGUUGUUGGAGUGUUCAUUGAAGCAAAAGUUUCCCUGGAUCGAAUUGUGAAAUUUCUUGAGGCACCAGAGUUGAAUGACAGAGAUUUAUGGCAGGAACACAAUGACAAGGACUUUGAGUACUCCAUUUUCAUCAGCUCUGCUGAAUUUUCUUGGGACACAGAUUUGUCCUCCAAACCGACAUUAAGGAACAUAAAUUUGGUGGUUAAACCAAGAGAAAAGAUUGCUAUUUGUGGAGAAGUUGGCUCAGGCAAAUCAACCCUUUUAGCUUCUGUUCUUGGGGAAGUUCCAAAAGUCCAUGGCAUCGUUCGUAGUUGUGGAAAGAUAGCAUAUGUUUCUCAGACUUCAUGGAUCCAAACUGGCAGUAUACAAGAAAAUAUUCUAUUUGGCUCUGUGAUGGAUCCAGUUAGAUACCAAGAGGUGCUUGAGAAGUGUUGCCUGGUAGAAGAUCUAGAGAUGCUUCCUUUUAGGGACCUCACUGAAAUAGGAGAAAGAGGUGUAAACUUGAGUGGUGGACAGAAACAGAGAGUUCAAUUAGCUCGUGCAUUAUAUCAGGAUGCAGAUAUCUAUCUUCUGGAUGAUCCCUUCAGUGCUGUGGAUGCCCAUACAGCAACAAGUCUCUUUAAUGAAUAUAUCAUUGGAGCUCUCUCAGCGAAGACUGUCUUGCUUGUGACCCACCAAGUGGACUUCCUCCCAGCUUUUGAUUCUAUCUUGUUGAUGGCUGCUGGAGAAAUCAUAGAAGCUGCUACUUAUGAAAAUCUACGUGCUUCAAGUCAGGAAUUCCAAAACCUUGUAAAUGCACAUAAUAAUACUGUUGGCUCUGAGAUACACAUUAACCACUCUACAGGCAGAAGGCCUAUGACAUCCAAAGGAGAGAUCCAGGAUAUAUAUGUUAAGGAUCAGUCAUUUGUCCCUUUGGCAGAGCAAUUGAUUAAGCAAGAAGAAAAAGAAACAGGAGACACAGGUCUCAAGCCUUACAGACAGUAUUUAAGCCAUGACAAGUGCUUUUUAUUUUUCUCCUUUGCAGCUAUAUUCCACAUGAUCUUCAUUAUUGGCCAACUGAUGCAAAACUACUGGUUGGCUGCUAAUGUCCAGAACUCUAAUGUAAACAGACUGAAAUUAGUCACAGUUUACACGGUGAUUGGGAGUGCUGUAGCAAUCUUUUUGCUUCUUCGAUCCUUUUCUGUAGUUCUUUUAGGUUGUGGAGCAUCGCAAUCUAUUUUCUCUACACUUCUGAAAUCCCUUUUCCGGGCACCAAUGUCCUUCUAUGACUCAACUCCUCUGGGGAGGAUACUCAGUCGAGUAUCUUCUGAUUCGAGCAUUGUUGAUCUUGAAGUGCCAUUCAGAUUUGCAAUUGCACUUGGGUCAACCUUGAAUGCCUACUCUAGCUUUGUGAUACUGGCUAUUCUUGCCUGGCCAGUUGUCUUUGUCAUCAUUCCCCUGAUUUUUCUAAGUAUAUUCCUGCAGAGGUACUACCUUGCUUCCUCAAUGGAGUUGAAGAGAAUCAAUGGCACAACAAAGUCUUCAGUUGCCAGUCACCUUGCUGAAUCCAUUGUUGGAGCCAUGACAAUCAGAGCUUUUGGGGAGGGAGAUCGAUUCUUCUUGAAGAAUCUGGGCCUGAUCGAUGCUAAUUCAAGUUCAGACUUCCAUAGCUUUUCUGCAAAUGAGUGGUUAAUCCAACGUCUGGAAAUACCUUGUGCUGUGGUACUUUCUUUGUCAGCACUUGCCAUGACUUUACUUCCUUUUGGAGCAUCUGCCUCUGGGUUCAUUGGAAUGGCAUUGUCUUAUGGCCUCUCAUUGAAUUUAUUCCUUGUUGUUGCCAUCCAAUACCAAUGCGUGCUAGCAAACUUAAUGGUUUCUGUAGAAAGGCUUGAGCAAUACAUGCAUAUUCCGAGUGAAGCUCCGGAAGUAAUUGAAGAUAAUCGGCCUGCCCAUGGUUGGCCUUCUGUUGGUAAAGUGGAGAUUUGCAAUUUGAAGGUUAGAUAUCGACCCAAUGCUCCGCUAGUUCUUAAGGGCAUAAGCUGCAUUUUUGAAGGAGGGCAUAAAAUUGGGAUAGUUGGCCGGACAGGUAGUGGAAAGACAACUCUUAUCAGCGCUUUGUUCCGUUUGGUAGAGCCUUCAGAUGGAAAAAUCAUCAUCGAUGACCUAAAUAUCUCCACAGUCGGGCUUCAUGAUUUGAGAUCACAUUUAGGAAUCAUCCCACAAGAUCCUACUCUUUUUAGUGGCUCUGUCAGAUACAAUCUGGAUCCCUUAUCAGAGCAUAGUGAUUACAAAAUAUGGGAGGUUCUUGAAAAAUGUCAACUUCGAGAGGCUGUUCUAGAGAAAGAGGAAGGCCUGAAUUCCUUGGUUGUACAAGAUGGAUCAAACUGGAGCAUGGGGCAGAGACAAUUAAUUUGUCUGGGACGCGCAUUGCUGAAGAGGAACCAGAUACUAGUACUUGAUGAAGCCACUGCAUCAAUCGAUAAUGCAACUGAUUCUAUCAUCCAGAAAACUAUAAGAACGGAAUUUGCAGACUGCACAGUGAUUACUGUGGCUCAUAGAAUACCAACUGUGAUGGACUGCAAUAUGGUGCUUGGUAUCAGCAAUGGGAAAUUGAUAGAAUAUGAUGAACCAGCAAAGCUGAUGAAUAAACUGGGAUCACUCUUUGGGCAGCUUGUCCAGGAAUAUUGGUCUCGUUCUUCCCAUGAUGAUACCUAUUCAGAAAACUGGUAACCAGACUCUUCCUGGUGGACGGUUGUAAAUUGAAUGAUAAGUUACUUAAGGUUUUAUCCCUGCAAUUUGGCUCGGAGUUGCUGCUGGAACAUAUGCUUGUUUUUUUUUUUUUUUGAAAAUUGGAACAUAUGCUUGUUUAAAGAGUGUGAGCAACUUAUGGAUAAUAGCAGCCAUUGGGAGGUGACACGGAAGGAAUAUUAAUUUGCUUGAGUUUUGUAUGUAAAAUGAACUCAUUGAUAGUUGUAUCACUUAUCACAAAAAGCAAUUCUGCA